GGGGGCGGCUGGGCCAUGCGGGCGGGCUGGGGCGCUGGGCCGCCGGGGCCCGCGGUGGUGGCCGCCGUUGCGGUGUUGCUGCUGAGCGGCGUGGGUCCGGCGCGCGGCUCGGAGGACAUCGUGGUGGGCUGCGGGGGCUUCGUGAAGUCGGACGUGGAGAUCAACUACUCGCUCAUCGAGAUAAAGUUGUACACCAAGCAUGGGACUUUGAAAUACCAGACAGACUGUGCCCCUAACAACGGUUAUUUCAUGAUCCCCUUGUACGAUAAGGGCGAUUUCAUCUUGAAGAUUGAGCCCCCUCUGGGGUGGAGUUUUGAGCCGACGAAUGUGGAGCUGUACGUGGAUGGCGUCAACGACAUCUGCACCAAGGGCGGGGACAUCAACUUCGUCUUCACGGGCUUCUCUGUGAAUGGAAAGGUGCUCAGCAAAGGGCAGCCCCUGGGGCCCGCAGGCGUGCAGGUGUCUCUGAGGAGCACGGGCACUGAGGCGAAGAUCCAGUCCACGGUGACGCAGCCCGGCGGAAAGUUUGCAUUUUUUAAAGUUCUUCCUGGAGAUUAUGAAAUCCUUGCAACUCAUCCGACCUGGGCGUUGAAAGAGGCGAGCACCACGGUGCGCGUGACCAACUCCAACGCCAACGCGGCCGGUCCCCUCAUCGUUGCUGGCUACAACGUGUCUGGCUCUGUCCGGAGCGACGGGGAGCCCAUGAAAGGAGUGAAGUUUCUUCUCUUUUCUUCUCUAGUGACCAAAGAGGAUGUCCUGGGCUGCAGCGUCUCGCCAGUGCCCGGGUUCCAGCCCCCAGACGAGAGCCUGGUGUAUCUGUGCUAUGCGGUCUCCAAAGAGGACGGUUCCUUUUCCUUCUAUUCCUUGCCCAGCGGGGACUACACUGUGAUCCCGUUCUACAGAGGGGAGAGGAUUACUUUUGACGUGGCCCCUUCCAGGCUUGACUUCACCGUGGAACACGACAGCCUGAGGAUCGAGCCCGUGUUCCACGUCAUGGGGUUCUCCGUCACCGGGAGAGUCUUGAACGGACCUGAGGGAGAAGGGGUCCCUGAAGCGGUCGUCACUCUGAACAGCCAGAUCAAAGUCAAAACCAAGGCCGACGGCUCCUUCCGCCUGGAGAACAUCACUACGGGGACCUACACCAUCCAAGCUCACAAAGACCACCUCUACUUCGACACGGUCACCAUCAAAAUCGCACCCAAUACGCCACAGCUGGCAGACAUCAUCGCCACGGGGUUCAGCGUCUGCGGUCAGAUCUCCAUCCUCCGCUUCCCCGACACCGUCAAGCAGAUGAGUAAAUACAAAGUCGUCCUGUCGUCGCAAGACAAGGACAAGUCUUUGGUCACCGUGGAGACGGAUGCUCACGGGUCCUUUUGUUUCAAAGCCAAACCAGGCUCCUACAAAGUCCAGGUACUGGUUCCUGAGGCCGAGAGCAGAGCCGGGCUGACGCUGAAACCCCACGUGUUUCCUCUAACUGUGACCGACAGGCCCGUGAUGGAUGUGGCCUUUGUGCAGUUUUUGGCCUCUGUGUCUGGGAAGGUCUCUUGUUUGGACACCUGUGGGGACCUGCUGGUGACCCUGCAGGCCCUGAGCCGCCAGGGUGAGAAGCGGAGCCUCCAGCUGUCCGGCAAGGUCAACUCCAUGACUUUCACCUUUGACAAUGUGCUGCCCGGGAAAUACAAAGUGAGCAUCGUGCACGAGGACUGGUGCUGGAAGAACAAGAGCGUGGAGGUGGAGGCCGUGGAAGAGGACGUGGCAGCGGUGGAGUUCAGGCAGACGGGCUACAUGCUGCGGUGCUCCCUGUCUCACGCCAUCACGCUGGAAUUUUAUCAGGAUGGAAAUGGACCCGAGAAUGUGGGAAUUUAUAACCUUUCCAAAGGAGUCAACCGAUUCUGCCUGUCCAAGCCUGGCGUUUACAAAGUCACCCCUCGUUCCUGCCACCGGUUCGAACAAGCCUUCUACACCUAUGACACGUCUUCACCCAGCAUCUUGACGUUGACAGCCAUUCGCCACCACGUCCUUGGAACCAUCACCACUGACGAAAUGAUGGAUGUCACCGUGACCAUCAAGUCUUCCAUCGACAGUGAACCGGCCUUGGUCCUGGGCCCCCUGAAGUCCGUGCAGGAGUUGCGGAGGGAGCAGCAGCUGGCCCAGAUUGAGACUCGCAGGCAGGAGAGGGAGAAGAAUGGGAAAGAAGAGGGGGGCGAGGGAAGCACCAAGCCUCCUGUGCAAGAGAUGGUGGAGGAGCUACAAGGCCCCUUCUCCUACGACUUCUCCUACUGGGCUCGGUCUGGAGAGAAAAUCACUGUCACUCCCUCGUCCAAAGAGCUGCUCUUUUAUCCCCCGUCCAUGGAAGCCGUGGUCAGUGGAGAAAGCUGUCCGGGGAAGCUGAUCGAGAUCCAAGGGAAGGCGGGAUUGUUCCUAGAAGGCCAGAUCCACCCUGAGUUAGAAGGAGUAGAGAUCGUCAUCAGUGAAAAGGGGGCGAGUUCGCCGCUGAUCACGGUCUUCACGGACGACAGGGGUGCCUACAGCGUUGGGCCCCUGCACAGUGACCUGGAGUACACCGUGACCUCACAGAAGGAGGGCUACGUGCUGACGGCCAUGGAAGGGACCAUCGGAGACUUCAAGGCCUAUGCCUUGGCAGGCGUGAGCUUCGAGAUAAAAGCCGAAGACGACCAGCCCCUCCCCGGGGUCCUCUUAUCCCUCAGCGGUGGCGUGUUCCGUUCCAACCUCCUGACCCAAGACAACGGCAUCCUGACAUUCUCAAACCUGAGCCCCGGCCAGUAUUACUUCAAACCCAUGAUGAAGGAGUUCCGGUUUGAGCCGUCCUCACAGAUGAUCGAGGUGCAGGAGGGACAGAACCUGAGGAUCACCAUCACCGGGUACCGGACGGCCUACAGUUGCUACGGCACUGUGUCGUCUUUGAAUGGAGAGCCGGAGCAGGGGGUCGCCGUGGAAGCCGUGGGACAGAAGGACUGUAGCAUUUACGGAGAAGACACCGUGACCGACGAAGAGGGGAAGUUCAGGCUCCGUGGCUUGCUGCCAGGGUGUGUGUACCAUGUUCAGCUCAAGGCAGAAGGCAACGACCACAUCGAGCGCGCACUGCCCCACCAUCGGGUGAUCGAGGUCGGGAAUAAUGACAUCGAUGACGUGAACAUCAUCGUUUUCCGACAGAUUAAUCAGUUUGAUUUGAGUGGAAACGUGAUCACUUCCUCCGAGUAUCUUCCUACGCUGUGGGUGAAGCUUUACAAAAGCGACAACCUGGACAAUCCCAUCCAGACGGUGUCCCUGGGCCAGUCCCUGUUCUUCCACUUCCCCCCGCUGCUGAGAGAUGGCGAGAACUACGUGGUGCUGCUGGACUCCACGCUGCCCAGGUCCCAGUACGACUACGGCCUGCCUCAGGUGUCGUUCGCCGCCGUGGGCUACCACAAGCACGUCACGUUGAUCUUCAAUCCCACGAGAAAGCUGCCCGAGCAAGACAUUGCCCAGGGGUCCUACAUCGCCCUGCCGCUGACGCUGCUCGUCCUGCUGGCUGGUUACAACCACGACAAGCUCAUUCCCUUGCUGCUGCAGUUGACAAGUCGGCUGCAGGGUGUGUGCGCGCUCGGCCAGGCAGCCUCUGAUAACAGCGGCCCGGAAGACGUGAAGAGACAAGCCAAGAAACAGAAGACCAGGCGGACGUGAGGACCACGAGGGGCAGCUGCGCUCUGCCUCGGACGGGCCACAGCCAGGGGGUCGCCGGCCCGUGGGGCAAAGCAUGCACCAACAAGCUUCCCCCCGGGCUGCGGGCCUGUGCCCCCUCUGCCGCCACGGCUGCCCGUCCCUGUCCCCGCGUGUGCCCCUGCCUUGGUGCAAUGCAAUGGAUGGACCCUCCUGUCACUCUGCUGAACACAACUUGUUUUCUGAGUUGGAGAUAAUUUAUUAUUAUUAUUUUUGUCAAAGAAGUAUUUAAGCCGUGCUGGUGGCGUGAGAAUGUGAUUCUUAAUCCCUGAGCGUUGGUUUGCGGGAAGAGUGCGGUCAGCGCAGCCUUGGGUUCGCAAGGAAGCUCCCUUCCCUCCCUUCCCCUCACCCCCCUUCAGCGUUUGCCACCCGCACUGGCAACCGCAGCAGCCGGUGCCCACCACUUGAGAGCAUGUGUUAGGAGGAAGACGCAAUAAAACUGCCCGUUCAUUUGUGUUGUAGCUCA